AUGCUGCAGUACCACCCCGGGCCUGUGGGGGUGGACCCUGACAUGCUGCAGUACCACCCCGGGCCUGUGGGGGUGGACCCUGACAUGCUGCAGUACCACCCCAGGCCUGUGGGGGUGGACCCUGACAUGCUGCAGUACCACCCCGGGCCUGUGGGGGUGGACCCUGACAUGCUGCAGUACCAUCCCGGGCCUGUGGGGGUGGACCCAGACAUGCUGCAGUACCACCCCGGGCCUGUGGGGGUGGACCCUGACAUGCUGCAGUACCACCCCGGGCCUGUGGGGGUGGACCCUGACAUGCUGCAGUACCACCCCAGGCCUGUGGGGGUGGACCCUGACAUGCUGCAGUACCACCCCGGGCCUGUGGGGGUGGACCCUGACAUGCUGCAGUACCACCCCGGGCCUGUGGGGGUGGACCCUGACAUGCUGCAGUACCACCCCGGGCCUGUGGGGGUGGACCCUGACAUGCUGCAGUACCACCCCGGGCCUGUGGGGGUGGACCCUGACAUGCUGCAGUACCACCCCGGGCCUGUGGGGGUGGACCCAGACAUGCUGCAGUACCACCCCGGGCCUGUGGGGGUGGACCCUGACAUGCUGCAGUACCACCCCGGGCCUGUGGGGGUGGACCCUGACAUGCUGCAGUACCACCCCGGGCCUGUGGGGGUGGACCCUGACAUGCUGCAGUACCACCCCGGGCCUGUGGGGGUGGACCCUGACAUGCUGCAGUACCACCCCGGGCCUGUGGGGGUGGACCCAGAAAAAGGAUCGCACACUGAGCUGUUUGAAGUCCUCAGACCUGUGGAAAUGAACGCCGCUCUUAAAGGGGAGGUGUGUGAGCCGUGGUUCAGCGUCAAAGGGACAGACGCAGAAGUGACAAUGGAUCCUCUGUGUUCCACUUGGUGCAAUAAUACAGACGAUAUUUCACUCUGUGCCACGGCGUCCGCCACGGCGUCCGCCACGGCGUCCGCCACACGGUUCUGGAGGCGCCGGGUUCAGGAGGCGCCGCGUUCAGGAGGCGCCGGGUUCAGGAGGCGCCGGGUUCAGGAGGCGCCGGGUUCAGGAGGCGCCGGGUUCAGGAGGCGCCGGGUUCAGGAGGCGCCGCGUUCAGGAGGCGCCGGGUUCAGGAGGCGCCGGGUUCUGGAGGCGCCGGGUUCAGGAGGCGCCGGGAUCAGGAGGCGCCGGGUUCUGGAGGCGCCGGGUUCAGGAGGCGCCGGGUUCAGGAGGCGCCGGGUUCAGGAGGCGCCGGGUUCAGGAGGCGCCGGGUUCAGGAGGCGCCGGGUUCUGGAGGCGCCGGGUUCAGGAGGCGCCGGGAUCAGGAGGCGCCGGGUUCAGGGGGUUUGA